CGACGUCCGCAUAAGCAAGAUGAAACCCGUGGUACUUUUGUUCCUGUGCUCAUUGUCGUACACUAUUGCAAACCCUGGUAUUUACUUUUAUGCUUUUUUUCCUUGAAUCCUGAUCAUUUACCAGGACUUGUUUUGUUCAAACUAAUAUACGAUGGACUGACUGUUUUACAUCACUCAUGCCCACUUGUGAAGUCCGUUCGGCUUAUUAAUGACAACUCAGCUCAGCACUAACUAGUUGUUCCGACUUGCUUACACCUUUAUUUUCAAUAAGAAACGCUGGUGUUUUUAGGAUGUAAAAUCAAUUUUGUUUUUCAGCUGGCUUUUAAGUACAGAUAUUUAAACUCGUUUCUCUUUUUUUUUCUUAAGUUUGCAAUACUCAAAAGACAGAGGAAGGAGGCUGUUGUCAAUUUCCUUUUUACUUUGACGGAUAUUGGUUUUACUCGUGUACAACUCAUGGAUGGUUUCAAGACUGGUGCAGUUUGACUGCUAACUAUGAGAGAGACGGACAAUGGGGCAACUGUUUAGGUAACGUUGCGAUAGAAAUGUAUACAUUUCCCAUUAUGAGAGGGCCAGUUUAUAUAGGCCUUUCAACUCCUCAGGCACUUUCUAUUUCGCAUAGAGGGGAGGGCGAAAAACGAGCGACUGGUGACGAAGCGAAAUGAACCAUGGGAAGCAGAAAGAAGAGAGUCUCGCCCGUUUACUCCUUCCCGCCUUCCUUUGCUCACACAUUUUCAACGAUAGAGAGACGCCUGGGUACGAGGCAGGAUGUAGGCUGUUUUAGAAAUGAUCAAGCGUCCAUAACACCGACUUAAUUUGUUGCUUACACCCUCUAAAUGCGCUGAAAGAACACGACAGCCUGAGGGUCAUCUAACUUACAAAAAUUUUAAAACCUUGGCCAGAAACCUCGCAAUAUUAGAAUGACGCAUCAUGAAUUAACACAAUUGCGACACAAUCAAAACUGGACUCAUCAAGGGCGGUGUAACCGUAAAGUUAAGCAGUAAAUAUCUAUACACAAGUGAUAAAUAACUGGUAAAUACAUCGCGAUCUUUUUCCUUUUUCCUAGCUUUCCUGUUACUGCCCUGACGCGAUAAAAUUUGCUGAAUUUCAGCAAACGUCCGGGGAGCAUGCUCUCGGACCCUCCAGGAUACUCCCGCCUUCAAGCGGUCGUUUCUUCGAACUUACUCAUGCAUAAGAGGAGCAAUAGGCUUCGGCUUGAAACAAAUCCAAGCCCCAGUGCUGUUUUAGGUCAAUUCCUUGCUAACGUCGUCAUUUAUUACCUUAACCCAUACACAAAAUUUGACAAAAUGCUCCUUAAAUGUCAUGAAAAAGAAAUUAAACAAAUAUUGGUGACAGUUUGUAAAAUCCAAAUAGUGGUCUAUUAUCAAUGCUGCGUUCUGAUUGAGCUACUACUAGACUAUAUGUUAUAGCCCACUAGUAGCGAAAAGCGCGGGCUUUUUGGCGGCAAAAAAGGAUUAAAAUCUAGCUUUAACUAGCUAAACCUUUUUUAUUCUCGAUAUUUUUGAACAACUAGUUGGAUUUUACUAAAACAAUUAUUCCUCUCGCCCUCAUGGCCCCUGAGUCAAUAGCCCAUUCGGGCACGAGGAAUAAUUGUUAAUAACUUUAUGGUGAUUUUUUUGUAUUUGUAUUUACUUGCCUUCUAUGAAAACACUUCUUUGUAUAAGUCAGCGAACUGACCUCCUCUUUUAUAUUUAUUUUACGACUAGAUACUCCUGUCACAACAGCUGUUCCUACCCCUGACACACCAGCUUAUACUCUCCCCGCUUUGACAACAGCUUCACCACCCUCAGGUAAGAUGAUAACAAUACAAAACCCUUGGUAGGAACUAACCAUGUAAUUAUAUAACGUAAAUUGCUCUGUGAAGCGAUAGGGAGGUCUCUGUGUCACGUUGCCAUAGUAGCAACAUUUCUGGAUCUUAACAAACCCGUGGUCCUGUAAUUAUGGCAGAAAAAACGAAAAAGUUGACAUGUAUGACUUUUCUGUGGAUGAUUGCACUCAGGAGCACAAAAGCUGGCCCAUAAUUUUCUUAAUUUAGCUACCAUGGUAACGUGACGUCACACCUCCGCUCCAUACUGACGGCAGCAGCAGAACCUCGUUAACACCAUCUCCAAACUAAGCUUUUGAAUUUUUUGUUUUGAAUUUCCCAUUUUUUUUGUUUGGCUAUGUCAGCUUAUUAUUGCCGGGAAAUAUUGUUAUCACCUAAGAAAAAGUAAACAUCUAAACUCAUACAGGUUCAACCUGGUAAACCAAUAAGGUCACUUUGACGCUCUACUAAGUCUACUUCUUUUUCAUCGUUAGGAGGAAGUUGUGGCAACAAGCCUGCGGGCUCACGUAUCGUAGGUGGUAUCCAGGCCCAGCAAGGCGAGUGGCCAUGGCAGGCUAUGUUAGCCCAGCCAGGAGGAAGCCAGUUUUGUGGGGGUUCCCUUAUUGCUGAUCGAUGGGUCUUGACUGCUUCCCAUUGUGUGACAAGCGCAAGCGCAAGCCAGAUUGUGGUCAGGUUUGUGAUAUGCAUUUCUACCGUUGUUCUGUCAGUUGCACGAUUCAGGAGACUGGCUAUUUGUACGAAAGCCAGGAAAGUUCAAAUCCAAGUCCAUAUCUAUAUAACCCGAUUAGCCAGCUGAUUAGCUUCACCUAAUACCAUACGGGGUUCACGGACCAAACCAAGAAAGAAUAUUCCCCUUAUUCUCUCUUGAACAAACGCAAACUUUCCGACCGGUUAAUAACACUUUUGUGGAGAGAAUAAAAUUUGGUUGACUUUUUCUUUUUCAUGUAUAACAGUGCUGACACGAACAUAUGCAUCCCAGCCAUGUGAUAUGACCUGAACCGAACCUCCAAAUAAGCCAAAAAUACUGUGUUGCAUGAAAUUUUUGUGGGAGUUUAUUUUUGCGGAUUGGUGAUUUUUUGUGUUUUGCGGGAACUAAUUUUUGUAAUGGGGACAGAUUGGUUUUUCUUACUGGGAAUUAAUUUUUGCGAUUUUCACAAAGUACCCAGUACCCAGCAUUGAUAAUAUUUUCGUUUUUAUUGAGUACGUGCAAUAGAAAUACAUAUUUCCAAACAAUACUACCGUAGAACCAGUAUUUCAUUGUAUACCGAUUUGUUUCUGAACGAAGAAGACAAGUUGUAAUUGAACAGACACCAUUUCUUAGCAUUGUUUUUUUGCGUAACGAAUUUAAGUUAGAGAAUAUUUACUCUGGAGUAAGUUUUUGCGUGAAAAAUGUUUGCGGUAAUUUUUAUUCGCGGAAACUUAUUUUUGCGGAUCACUGCCGGGAAAAAUCGCACAAAUUAGAACCCGCAAAAAUCUUGUGCCACACUGAAAACCGGGCAUAGCAUGACAAGUUUAGUGCAGGAGAUGCAGUCGCUUCUGGUUGUAAAAAGUUGUUUAAUAUCUUCUACUGAUACAUCACUCAUGCCUGAGUUCAAGAUAACCAUUUCUAAGAAGAUUUAGUAACUUCCAUCCAACUGGAACUUGUUUUUUCCGCAAUACAGAAAAACUAAUGUGGCCGUGUAAAGUAGCGGAUUCCUUAUUCAUUGUGUUUGGCUUUGAAAGUUUGUUUUCUUUUUCAUGUAUACGAAACAGAUGUAAUAGAUGUUUUUAAGUGGAUGUGAUCGUGGCAGUCAAAUGAACAACCUGAGCAGUUGAAAAAAAGAACCUGAAAAAAUUCGAGCUUGACCUUGAAUCGAACCCAGGCCUUUGCAAUGACAACAUGCAUUCAGCGAUUGUGGCUUGAAUUUCCUUUUUUCCUUUAUUGGUCACUUUGCCGUUGAAUGCUUCGGCUUUUAAAAUUCUUUGGUCAUAUUUCACGUUACCUUGUUUUUAAUAGUCGCUUCUUUUCAAUAGGAACUCCGCUUGUAGGCCUAUUAAAACAUUAUAAUAAUAUACUAUAUUACUUCUCUCAUCGCGCUAUGCACAGGAUGGGAGCACACAUGAUAACUGACACCGCCCAAGAACACCAGGUCGAAAAGAUCAUCAUGCACGAAAGCUACAAUAGUCCUCUAGGACUAGCACACGACAUUGCACUACUGAAACUGACGACAGCAGUAACAAUGGGAAAUGCGGUGGGAACAGUCUGCCUCCCAGAUAUCAAUCACCCACUUCUGUCAGGCAAGCAAUGCUAUAUCACAGGCUGGGGUACGUUAACGUCCGGAGGAAGCCAACCUGACCAGCUCAUGGAAGCAUCGGUACCGAUUGUUUCCCAGGCUAGCUGUUCGAAUGCCUACCCAGGUCAAAUUCAUGAUUCUAUGAUAUGCGCUGGUUUAGACGCUGGUGGAGUGGACGCGUGUCAGGGAGACAGUGGAGGACCCAUGGUCUGCGAGUUCAAUGGCAAGUGGUACCUUGAGGGUGCUACAAGCUGGGGUUAUGGAUGCGCUGUGGCAGGAAAAUAUGGCGUCUAUGCCAAAGUGCGAUAUCUUAAGACCUGGGUCGAAAAUAAGAUGAGCAGCGAAUAAAGAAACGAUUGCUUUCCAUGAUGAGAUCACGUAGAAAGUAGCGAGAAAAAAGAAGUGUAUGAUUGAAAGAGAAAAUAAAGAGAAACGAGC